CUGAAAUAAAUUCGAAAAAGAUAAAUGGAAACAUUUUUUUAGCUAAUUUUGUUAUUUUUUGGUAGAAUGAUGUACUGGUCAAGCCGGAACUACUAUUCUAAAAUUGAGAAAGCUGAAAUGACAGGCAAAGAACGUGUUGUCCUUUUGAGUUCAUGGAACCUGUACCCAAACGGCCUUACUCUUGACCACGAACAAAACCGCCUGUAUUGGGUAGAUGGCAGCUACCACAAACUAGAGUACCUGGACCUGAACCUUAAUAUCAGAGUGACCUUGAUAAGUUCUUACGACCUCUUACCUUAUCCUUUUGGACUGGCACUUCUUGGAGAUCACUUGUAUUGGACUGAUAGGCACCUGGGAACUGUUAAUCGAGCCAAGAAGACUGGUGGCGACGUCACAAAGUUUGUAGUCAACAUUGGCCAGCUCAGGGAUAUUCAUGGCUAUAACCUGAGUGAGCAUUCAACCCUUGAUCGCUAUCCUUGUCAGCUAAAUAAUAGUGGGUGCAGUCAUUUGUGUUUAAUAUCUUCGGCCGGAAGUAAAUGCGUCUGCCCCAACCACCUUACUCUACGAGAAAAUGGGAGAACCUGUUAUCAUAAAGAUUUUCAGAAAUUCCUGUUGUUUGCCGAAGGCGGUAAAUCUGAAAUAUUCAUAUUUCCUUUGGAUGGUUCCAGCCCAGAGGCCAAACCUCUACCAAUAGAGCUAGACAUGUAUCAUCCGAUUGCACUUGAUCUCGACAUUACAGAAAACAGAAUUUACUGGACAGACACUUACCUGAACACAAUCUCGAGGGUGUUUAUCAAUGGAUCAUCACCUGAA